UUUGGUCAAUCACAAUCUCAUGCUCAGAUUGAAUCGAUCAAAGCUUCUGUACCUGUAGCCAGUUUCUCUAUUCAGCAAAGUAUUGGUCAACAGCAAAGCUAUUCAAAUGCUCAAGCUGCUGGAGCUUAUAACUACAAUGCUCCUCAGCAACAACAACAGCAGCAACAGUAUUCUGCACCAGCUCCUGCACCAGUUCAGCAAUCAUACUCCGCUCCUGCAUCAGUGCAACAACAAUCCUACUCAGCCCCAGCUCCAGUACAACAACAGUCGUACUCUGCCCCAGCUGAACGUUCUUAUUUGCCACCUGCACCACAACAACAGUAUUCUGCUCCCGCUCCUGUACAGCAGCAAUCAUACUCUGCUCCUGCCCCAGCACCAGUACAAUCUUACGCUUCUCCUGCACCAGUACAACAAAGCUACUCAGCCCCUGCACCAGUACAACAGAAUUAUCUUCCUCCCGUACAACAACAACAACAAUCGUACUCAGCUCCAGCCCCAGUAGCACAGCAAUCAUACUCAGCUCCUGCUCCAGUUGCACAACAAACAUACUCUGCUCCCGCCCCAGUACAACAAAGCUACUCUUCUGGAGCUCAAGUUCAAGAACAAUCAUAUGAAAUGAAUGAGCAGCAACAACAAUCAUUCGGUGGUGUUGAAUCGACUGGCGCUGUAGACAAUGAUGCUUACAACUAUCCAGCUCCUGCUCAACAACAAAGCUACUCUGCUCCAGCUCCUGUUCAACAAAGCUACUCUGCUCCUGCCCUAGCACCUGUACAACAGUCUUACUCCGGCCCCGCUCCUGUUCAACAAAGUUAUUCAUCUUCUGCUGCAGUAGAAAGUGGAUCUUAUAACUAUCAACCUUCAGCACCAGUACAACAAUCUUACACUGCUCCAGCCCCAGUACAACAGUCAUACUCUGCUCCAGCACCAGUGCAACAAUCUUACUCUGCUCCUGCCCCAGUACAACAAACUGUCUCCACUUCAGUUGGUGUAGAAAGUGGUUCAUACAACUAUCAACCUGCUGCUCCAGUACAACAACAAUACUCUGCCCCAGCUCCAGUGCAACAACAAUACUCUGCUCCCGCUCCAGUACAACAAUCGUACUCCGCUCCAGCUGCCGUGCAACAAACUGUCUCCACUUCCGCUGCUGUCGAAACUGGCUCUUACAACUAUCAAGCUGCUGCCCCAGUGCAACAACAACAAUCAUACACUGCUCCUGCCCCCGCUCCAGUUCAACAAUCGUACUCUGCUCCCGCUCCUGUACAACAAACCGUUUCUACCUCCUCAGCUGUGGAAACCGGUUCAUACAACUAUCAAGCUCCAGCUGCAGUACAACAAUCAUACACUGCUCCCGCACCAGCCCCACAAAACGUACAAUACUCUGUACCAGCACCACAAAAGAUCAGCUUCCCCUCAAACGGUCCAGCACCAGCUGCUCCUGCACCAACCCCUGAAAUUGGUACAGUUUAUGGCAAAAAUGGUGGCUAUGUCUAUCGUAAAUUCUAAUUGAGGAAUUUCCAUGAAAUUCUAUUUCAAUUUGAAAAAGAAAGUUGUGAUUUCUAUUAGAAUUGUUGCACCAUCAUGGCACAAUUCUUAUCCAUUAUUUUGUUUUAUACGAGCAUUUUUCGUGUUGUUAUUACCUGUUUAUUAUUUUUUAUUUCUUCUCAUUUAGUAUAAUUUGUUAUAACGAACGCAUAUAAUUAAUUAAGUAGUUCCAUUAAUAAAAGAAUUAUUAAUAAUUUUUUGUUUUAAA